GAGAGAGAGAGAGAGAGAGAGAGAGAGUAGACACACUGGAGAACUGACUGUCGAUCACUAGUUUGUUUGCCUGACCUACUGGACUGGGUACAUGACAAAGAGAAAAAGUCUACAGGCUUUUGGGGAUCAGAUUCGAGAAGUCAAGAACAGAGACAACUCAAUACAAGACUUGAGACAGACAAAGGACUGGAGACAGACCACAGAGGUGUCAAGAGAGAGACACAAUCUUCAGAGGACUUGAGACAAACCUCUGGAGGAUUUUGAGACUCGACGAAGACAACUCUGAUCGUUGAGGCUUCUUGAAUUGACUCCUUGGGAAUCUGCACCUGUGAGAAGGUCAGGGUGACAGCUGAUGCGUGACUUUGUACAGCACUGAAGGACAGCGGCAUCACCUCAAAGGUCACAGUCAUGACGGCCAACAACGCUCCCAAAGACAAAUAUAAGGCUGUAUGGCUGAUCUUCUUCACCCUUGGGCUAGGCACUCUGUUGCCAUGGAACUUCUUCAUGACGGCUACCAUGUACUUCACCAGCCGGCUCAAGGACCCCGCCACGAUGGACGCCGACCGCUCCAACGCCACCGACGCCCCGACCACGCUGGCCCCGGGGGAGGUGCUGGACACGCGCAGCGUCCUGGAGGCAAAGUUCAACAACGUCAUGACGCUCUGCGCCAUGGUGCCACUGCUGGCCUUUACCUGCCUCAACUCCUUCCUGCUUUGGGUUCCUCAGAAGUUAAGGAUCAUGGGUAGUCUGUCAGUGAUCCUGCUGGUGUUCAUGGUGACAGCCAUUUUGGUGAAGGUCGAGAUUGCACCACUGCCUUUCUUUGUGGUGACUAUGAUCAAAAUCAUCAUCAUUAACUCUUUCGGGGCCAUCCUGCAGGGCAGUCUGUUUGGCAUGGCCGGCCUGCUGCCCACCUCCUACACCACACCCAUCAUGAGUGGCCAGGGUCUGGCAGGGACCUUCGCCGCCUUCUCCAUGAUCUGUGCCAUAGCCAGUGGCUCUGAGCUAAGUGACAGUGCAUUUGGGUACUUCAUCACUGCCUGUGCGGUUAUUGUCAUAGCCAUCAUGUCGUACGUCCUGCUGCCUAAGCUGGAGUUUUUCCAGCACUUCCAGAACAACAAGGGAGUGGACGAUGAGAAACAGAUGGAUCCGCUGACGAAAGGAUCUGCAGCAGAGAGUCGACCCAUGAGCUCACAAGACUCCCAGCAGAAGCCCUCAAUGCUGGGCAUCUUUAAGAAGAUCUGGGUGAUGGCCCUGUCUGUGUGCUUCGCCUUCACCAUCACCAUCGGCACUUUCCCCGCCGUCACCGUGGAUGUGAAGUCCACCAUCGCUAACGGAGGCGCCUGGGAGAAAUACUUCAUUCCUGUCUCCUGCUUUCUGCUCUUUAACCUGAUGGACUGGGCUGGCCGCAGUCUAACGGCCGUGAGCACGUGGCCCGGUCAGGACAGUAAGCUGUUGCCAGGUCUCCUGCUGUGUCGUGUGAUCUUUGUGCCUCUCUUCAUGCUGUGCAACGUGCAGCCGCGCUACAACCUGCCUGUCUACUUCCACCACGACGCCUGGUUCAUCGUCUUUAUGAUCCUCUUCGCCUUCUCUAACGGCUACCUGGCCAGCCUCUGCAUGUGCUUCGGGCCCAAGAAAGUAGCUCCGCACGAGGCUGAGACGGCCGGAGCCAUCAUGGCCUUCUUCCUGUCGUUGGGUCUGGCUUUGGGAGCGGCCAUGUCCUUCCUGACCAGAGGCCUGGUCUAACAACUCAAUGCACACAAACCACAAACGCGCAUGCGCGCCCACACACACACACACACAGAUGUACAUUUGCUCGUAUACAUGCACAGGUGCACAAACUCAACUCACACACUCACUCACGUACACAAACAGUGUAAUUAUCUCAAACACACACUCUGAUGUGGCUGAGUUGUGUACAGCAGAUUUCGUUCUCGCAAUGCAGACACACAAACACACACACACACACACACACACACACACACACACACACACACCAGACACAGACACACACUUGGAAGUGUAUUAUAGCAUGCUGUAUUCUCUAAUAACAUCAAUGUACAGUGGAACAAUUCCAGAGUAGGUUGUAUUGUGUCUUUCUUUUCCAGCAGACUGAGGAGGGAGAGCUCCACAGGUUCUAGGAUAUCCUCAGCACUACCUUCUAUCAGUAACCUGGGAGAACCCAGACGAACCUUUUUACCAAAUUUUAAUUGGCUCUGCAGGUCUGGCAAAGUUGCAUUCACUCCCAUUUCCAAUGUUCCUAAAACCCAGGCACCAAUCACAACCGUUGAGGCGGGCUUAACAUGAUGUCAUCGAACACUUUGUUGAGAUGUUUUUUUUUUGUUUUUUUUUCUGUUGCUCUGCGUAUGUCAUCUCCUUCAUUAAUCUGAUUGGCGUUUAGGUCUAUCCAAUUGCGUCCAGAGGCAUUUUGAUCGGCGUCCGUUUGGUGACGCCCCUUGGAAAUGGCAGGUGAAUGAACCUUGCCCAUGCAGACCCAAUCUCAAUUUCAGUUGAGAUAAGGUCUGGUGCUAACCAGGCUAUACUACCAGUAUUAAACUGCAGACAAGUCUGAAGCGUUCCAUUUGCGACGCGCAUGCUGCAGCACUUCGCCCCUACACUAUAAUCAAUGGAAGUAGCUAAACCAGACGUGAUAGCGGCACGUGUGUUCGAAAAAGAAAAUAGACCAAUCUUCUGGAAUAGUUUUUACGCGUCGUGAACGGAACGCUUCAGUUACGCAUCCCGCGUAGCCUUCCUGUUAUACUGCCAAAGUCUCCCUUGCAACAUAUUUCAUACGAGCAGUCUAUGCAUAUUGCCAUGUAAGCUAUUAAUAGCAACACUUAAUCCUUAGUUGCCAGAUCAUGUAUAUGUAUAUGUAUAUUGUAUAUGCGUUACUCAAAAGGACAACAUUUAAUUGUAAUUUGGUCUUGUUUUAACUCAUCUCAUCAUGCUGUUUUAGCCUUAAAUAUAUUUAGUUUCUUGUAAUAGAAAACACUGGGUAAGCCACAUAUUAAAUGCCAGUUUUAUUAGCUUUUCAUAUUGUACAAUAUAUGCUAAAUAUAUUACUUUUUGGAACUUUUUGUAUUUUGGAACUACAAGGUUUAAUCUGUGUUGCCUUGUAUUUUCAGGGUUUACCAAUUAUGGUCUAGAAAGUUAUUUUCUAGAAAGGAGUUUUCAUGAAUGACUUUGUCUACUGUUAUGCAUUUCGGGCAUAUACAGCACCCACCUCAUGAGUUGCAGCACUACACAGGACUAAGCAAGUUUGCAGAUAUUUCCACAUCUUUAUUUAGUUUAUAAUACAAUAUGAGAGACCCAGUCUUGUGUCUUUGACUGAAUGUCUUGUAUCAUACACAAUUCCUGCUGUCUCAAUAGUUGCUGCAGACUGAAUGUUGAAUGUGUGUUUGUUUUCUUGACAUUUGAACAGUCUUAUCAUUCUUGUAUGAAAAAAAUAUUUUUCCGUUUUAUUGUUUUACGCCGCUGAAAUAUAGGUAGUGAUUGCCUUUUGUAAGGUCCUUCAACAUUCUGUGAUGUCCAUCUGGCCACAGGUUGUGCAGGGGACUCGGCAACUACUAAGCAGCUUGUUUUUUUCCCCUGUAUAGCCGGCGGAUACCUUGCUUGGUGCAGAAAUCUUUGUCUAUGUGUCAUACAGACUACCUCAGUCUUAUGUGAGGCAUUCUGAUUAAUAAUUUUGCAUUUUAUGAUUAUAUUUUGAAAUCAAAUAUCUAUGGAUUGAUUUAGUUUUAUUAUGAUAAAACACAGUUGUACACUAUACCCCCCUAUCACCCCCAAUCCUUAUAUGUCAUGUCGACAACACAUUUGCAUAAACUGUGUUGUGAACCAUAUUGAAAAAAAAUAUGAUAAUAAUAAUAAAAAUAAACCUCAUGUAUUUUUCAAA